GCCCCAUUUUACCAUCGUAUACGGCGUCGUUAGUGUCUUUUUGUUUUUAUAAAUACAAGAGCAUUUUUUUCAAAUAUCAAAUUCAGGCUCACUUUUCAGUUAAUUAGUUGCUGCUGACGUCACACGGCGAUGGUUUUCAUCUCUGAAACUUCCGACGAUGGCUCUAAUGGCGGCGAUCCAACCAAGAAUGCGCAACAAGAAAAAGAAGAUAACCAAAACGAGAAUCCGCAACAAGCUGAAGAGAAUCCACAAGAAGAAGCAGAGAAUCUUCCUCCGAUUCCUCAAGAAAUCCCAGAAGAACUCAUCGAAAGUACCGUCGCACUCGUCAGGAGUAGUCAUUACCCGUCGCUAUCUCUCCUCUCCAAAGCCUUUCGUCGCGUCAUAUCUUCUCCAGGACUCUACCACAGCCGCUUGCUCCUCGCACUCACCGACCCGGUUCUUUACGCUUUGAUCGGAUUGAGACUGUACAUUCUCAAUCGAAACGUUCCAAGAAAUAUCUCUUUACGAUUGAGCGAAAUCGGUUCACUUCCUCCUCUGAAUCAUGGAUCUGCUGUUGUCACCAUCGGAUACGAUAUGUAUGUAAUCGGUGGACACAACAACCAACAUCAACCCACAUCGAAUGUGUUUAUCAUCGAUUUGAGAUUUCAUACGUGUAUCUCUCUCCCAAGAAUGAAGAGGCGUCGCGUCAACGCAGCCGCAGGAGUAAUUGACGGAAGGAUUCAUGUGAUCGGAGGUUGCGCCAAGCUAAAUGAUCAUUGGAUCGAAGUGUUCGAUAUAGAGAAUCGGACAUGGAGUACUGUGCCUGAUCCAGACCAUAACAAUUCUAGUUUGAGAGGAGGAGGGUUUUUGACAUGUGUGGUGAUGCAAGAAAUGAUUUACAUUUUGGAUACUCUGUUUGGUUUUGCUUACGAACCAAGACAAGGUUUAUGGCAGUCAAUUGGAUUGGAAACUCAGUUGAAGUUGCAUUGGAAAGUCAGUUGUGUGAUCGAGGAUUUGCUGUAUUGUAUUGAUCCUAGGUUGGGACAUCAAAUAGUGGUAUAUGAUCCGAAUGAGUUGGUUUGGAGACCUGUGAAGGGUGCAUAUGUUUUGCCUGAUUUCUGUUAUAAUCAGUGUAAAAUGGCGAAUUUUGGCGGGAAGCUGGUGAUUUUGGGCUCUGUUAAAUCCAGCCUGCAUGGUUUGGAAGAUGUUUGGUGUCUAGAGAUCGCGUUGGAGAAACGUCAAGGUGGUGAGAUUUGGGGGAAGGUCGAUUCAUUGGCGAUUGUGCUUAAAUCAGUGAACUCGCCUUCCAUUGAUCUGCUUCGCUCUGUUACGUUUUGAUGAUUCGUUUGCAGUUCCAAGGUGAAGGAUCUUUUUAUUACAUCUACUCUUUUAGCAGCUUGUUGAUAUGAAGCAAAAGUGGUGAAGCAGAAGCUGUUAUAUCUGACACCUUGUAGAGUAACUCGUCUUUCUUUACCUUUGUGCAAAAAUGUGAAUACUCUUACAGAGUUAGCCUUAUGUAGAGUCAGCCACUCUUUGUACUAAAUUUCUUACGAGACUUGUUGAAAUGCA